UUAUAAAAGCAGUAGUGAGCAUUAAGUGAGUAUUGUAUUUUGGAGCGUGAUAAAUAGAUUAAACAUGGCGGACUCAGCAGGCAAUUGGUGUCUUAUUGAAAGCGAUCCUGGAGUUUUUACGGAGUUGAUAAAAGAAUUUGGCCUAUACAUGGCUUGAUCUUUCUAUUUAAAUGGGUGCAAGAUGACGAGCCUUCUGGAAGUAUUGUUCUCGAUAAUAGGUUGGACAAAAUAUUUUUUGCUAAACAGGUGAUCAAUAAUGCUUGCGCAACACAAGCAAUUAUGAGUGUAUUACUGAAUUGCAAACAUUCUGAUAUAUUACUGGGACCAAAUCUGGAAGAGUUUAAAAAUUUUUGUCAAAGUUUUGAUGCUAACAUGAGAGGUCUUGCUCUUAGCAACUCUGAUGUGAUAAGAGAAGUACACAAUUCCUUCUCGAGGCAAACAAUAUUUGAAUAUGAUUCAAAACAAGCAUCUAAAGAUGAUGAUGUAUUUCAUUUUGUGAGCUAUGUUCCUAUUGAUGGACGGUUAUAUGAAUUAGAUGGAUUAAAAGAUGGACCUAUGGAUUUAGGUCCUUGUCCACUUGGCGAUCAAUGGGUUCAAGCAGUUAAACCAAUAAUACGAAAACGAAUAAAUAAAUAUAAUGAAGGGGAAAUACAUUUUAAUUUAAUGGCAAUAGUAACAGAUAGAAAAAUAGUGUAUGAACGACAAAUAGCAAAUGUCUGUGAUCCUGCAGAAUUGGAACGUUUACAAACAUUGAUAGAAAAAGAGAUUCGAAAAUCUAAAAGAUAUCAGAUUGAAAAUAUUAGAAGAAAACAUAAUUAUUUACCAUUAAUAAUGGAGUUGCUCAAAAUGCUUGCUAAAGAAGGUAAAUUAGUACCUCUAUACCAGAGAGCAAAGGAAAAGGCAAUAGAGAAAGAAUCAAAGAAGAAUAAAGUUUAAAUCUUGAUUUUCUAAGUUGUAUAAAAAAAUUAUUCGGAUGUACCAAUAUCGCAUAAUCAUUAUUGAAUAAAUUAUGUCUUUUUAAAAAUUAAUGUAUAUAUUACAAACAUUUUUUUACAUUAAAAAGUAGUACAAAAUUUUACUUAAUUAUUCCGUAUUGGUAUCUUCGUUCAAGUCUUCAGCUACAAUUUUAACUUUUCCGUUAUAACAGAGUCUAGGAAGAAAUUUAUCAGUUACUUCAUCCUUUAUAGUUUGUAUCUUUUCAUUAUAUAAAUAUUCCAUGAUUUCUAAAAGAUACAAUGUGAAAAUUAUUAUUAUGGAACAAAGCACUUAAUAUUAAUUUGCUUAAUUUAAAAACUUACCAAGAAAUUCUUUUGUAUUUAUUUUUUGACUUGCUUCUUGAACGAGAUUAGAAAAUGUUCUACAUAAAAAGGCAGUAGUAAUUCCAUCAAAAUAUUUUGCAACUUUUGACCAAAUUAUUUCUCGAUUAUUCGAGAUUCCUUUUACAUAAAUACUGUAAUGUAAUUUUUAGCACAUUUUUAGUAUUUUAUAUAAGACGAUUAUUGAUUCAAAGAGAUAACGAAAUUUAUGUUGUAUUUCUGUACGUUAUAAACUUACUAUUCAAUUAAUUUUAUUUUUAUAUCAUUUAAAUAAAUACGUUCUGGACAAAAUAAUUGCAUAUGCAAUUUAUAUAUCCAGAAUUUCCUCAAUAUAUCAUGGUUUAUACCUAUUUUUUUUUCUAAUCUUUGCCAAACCACUUUUGGAAUAACAGCAUCUUUUAAAUCUUCUAUAUUAUCACAUAGUGUUACACUCAUAAAAGUUUUUAUAAAUUUUUCAAUUAAAAAUAAUGACCAUGUAAUUUUAGGCAAUUCUGCGAUAAAAUAAUUAAAUUUAUUUUAUUAUUAAAAUUAUAAAAAUUGCAAUAUUAGGUAAAAAACUUACGUUCUUUAUUUUUUUUAUGCAUCCGUUCAAGCCGUUGAUAACGUGUCCAAAUUGAAUGACUUGAGCGUCCUAAUAUUUUACUUAAUUCUGAAAAUCUACGUAAUCUUUUCCUAUUUUGUUUAUUGUUCAAGUAAGAUAAAAUUGUCUCAUCUUCAGCAGAUGUAUAUCUAUAAAAUACAUAAAUAAUUGAUAUUAUAUAAAUAAUUAAUAUUUGAAUUUUCAAAUACCUUUGAAAACUUUUUUCAUGGUUUCCAAAUAAGUACUUGAAUCUAUUUAAAACACUAUACAAUGUCCUUCGUGGUAAUCCAUUUGCUAAAAAUUGAGUGAAUUUUUGUCUUUCUUCCAUGCUUCUUAUAUAAAAUUUACCAGUAUAUUUCAUUUGAAUGAAUGGAUGUACACAUUUAGAAUUCCAAUUGUGAACCUGCAUAUGAAAAAUUAUGAAUAGAAAAGGAAUAUGGUAUAAUAGUAAUUAAGCAUACUUUACAAAAUUUUUUCCAAUUAUCUAUAAUAAUUUUAUCUUCACUGGGUGUAAAUACACCACUUUUUAGUGAUGAAUGUUUUAAGAAUAGCUCUUUCUCUUUUUUUGUUAAUAUUUUUGAGCCUGUUGUAUGUUCAAUUUUAUGUUGUACUGGUACUUUAUGUAUUAAUUUUACUUUCAAAUUAUAUAAUCUCUUUGUUGCUUCUUCAGUUAAUUCAUUUUCAUCUUCUAAUGGUAUAUUAAAAUCCAAAUCUUCUGAAUCAUGUUCAGAAAACUCGUAAUCUACAUCAGAAUCUACAUCAGUAUUACUAGAUUUAUGUUUUCUUUUUCUUUUAAUCUUAUUUCCUGUAUUUGUUUCUUCAUUUUCUAUAUUUUCAUGAGCUAUACUAAUAUUAUCAUUAUCAGUAAUGUAAAGCGGAUCAGACUUUGAGUCUCUAGAUAUUUCUAUAUUCUGAUCAUCUGGCAUGACUUCAUUUGCUGAACAAAAAAUUGUACUUUCUUCAAAGUUUAUCAAAGAAUUGGGAUCAUGUAUCAUUUCAAUAUGUUCAAAAUCAUCUAAUUCGUUAUCGCAUAAUUCUUUUUUUUCAAUAUCAAAUAAUUGAUCACAAUUACUAAUAUCACUAUUAAGAUUUCUUUUUAUUCUUUUUUUGGGUGUACUUUCAUCAUAUAGAUGUCUCCUCUUUUGUUUAGAUACUGAUGAUAUUUCAGUUUGUGUAUGCCAUUCUACUGAAUCAAUACCCAAUUUAAUAGUCGAUUUUAUUGGAGUAUCUGCAUUUUCUAUUUUAAUGUUUGUGCUUUCUAGUUUAAUGUUUGUGCUUUCUAAAUCUUUUGAUAUAUCACUUUUUUUUGGAGUCUCAAGUAAAUGUAUAUCUUCUGUUUUAAUAUUCUCUAUGUUUUCUAAAUUCUCUAUGUUUUCUAAAUUUUCUAUGUUAUUUUUUCUUGGAGUUUUACUUAAAUCAUGACUUUUAUUUAUUUCUUCAUCAUCAGUGCAAUCUUUUCUUGAAUCUAUGUCUGUCUGAUUAGUUUCAAAAUUAAAAAUUUUAUUUUUAUUUGAUAACUUUUUAUUAACUCUCUUAUUAGCAGAAUAAUCCUGUGUUAAUAUUUUUGCAAUUGCUUUUUUUUCUUUUGGUUUCUUUUUUUCUGUUAUUGGAGAAAUCUUAUUAUUAGCUGAUAACUUUUUAUUAACUUUCCUAUCAGCAUGAGCAUUCUCUGCAUUCUGUGUUAUUUUUGUUAGAAUUGUUUUUUUUUCUUUUUUUU